GUAACACACCCGAAUAAGCUACUAACAAUACUUCAAUUUUAGGUUUCGAUUGCAGUAGACAAAAUUAUCUAACGAAUCAAGGUCAAACUAAUCAUUUUUCAUGGUCAAUCCGAUUCUGUCGUAGCUCGACUAUUUACAUCGGGGAAGUUUGUUAUUCAAAGAACUUGCGUAUAAAAAAUAGUAUAUUUAUUAAUGAUGAUGAGAAAUAAAGCGUUGAGUGAGUGUUAUACGUUGUUUUUUGUCAGGACAAAUUCGUCUUAUCAAAAUGUUCGCCGAAGUUAUUCAUCGGCGCCGCCUGCGCAUGUUAAACCAUAUGCUUCGAUACCGGGACUUUCUUCGUUGCCGAUUCUCGGUCCCUUGCAUCACUUUUUACCUGUAAUUGGACAAUUUGGACCAGGAGUUAACAUAUUCGACAUGAUGUCUACUCUACAUGAAAAGUAUGGGUCUAUAGUAAAAUUACAAGGAGUUUUUGCAAGAUCUGACUUAGUUAUUCUGUAUGAGCCAGAACACAUAGAUCAGGUCUUCAGGAGUCAGGAAGCAAAUCCAUUACGACCAGGGUUUCAGACUCUUGAGUAUUACAGAGAAGUGAUCAAAAAGGGAUCUCUGGAUGGAAUAUACGGACUAACAACCGCGCAAGGUGAGAAAUGGCGCGAUUUUCGCACUAAAGUCAAUCCAGCUUUGUUAAAACUGAAAUUAGUGAAAGUGUAUGCCCCACCGCUUGAAGAGAUUGCUCAAGAUUUGGUGCAGAGGAUAAGGCGAUACAAAGAUGACACAAAAUACUUGGAAAAGAACUUUGAUCUUGAAAUUACGAAAUGGUCAUUAGAGUCUGUGGCCUACGUCGCAUUGGGAUCUAGAUUAGGGUGCCUUGGAGAUGACGUCACUAAGGACCAUCCAGGAUUUACACUUCUACAAUGUAGCAAGGAUAUAAUGGACUUGGCUUUUAAAUUGGAAUUUCUUCCCAGUAUGUGGAAAUACAUAGCGACACCUGCUUAUAAAAAGAUAAUAAGAACAUAUGACAAGCAAUGGGAAAUAAGUACAAAGUACAUAGAAGAAGCAAGAAAGCGAAUUAACGAAAGAGGAUACGACAUUCCUGAGGAAGAGAAGAGUGUUGUUGAAAGAUUAUUGGCUAUUGACGAGAAGGUUGCCAUUUUGAUGGCCAAUGAAAUGCUGUUUGCUGGCAUAGAUACAGUUUCUUUUGUAGCUACCAGUAUCAUUUACAAUUUAGCGAGACAUCCGGAAAAACAACAGAAACUUCGAGAAGAAAUUCGUUCACCUGACUCACAUAAACGUUAUCUGCGAGCGUGUUUGAAAGAAGCGCUUAGAAUGUGGCAUGUCAUCCCGUCCAAUUUGAGGAGGACAGAUAGAGAUCACUAUGUGGCUGGUUAUCAUAUUCCUGCAGGGGUGGAUGUAAUAGCCCCAAAUGAAUACUUGUCGAGAUUGGAAAAAUAUUACCCCAGGGCUGAAGAGUUUAUUCCCGAGAGAUGGUUGGCAGAUAAGACUGAUCCUUUAUACUAUGGGAAUGCACCUGCGAUCGUGACAUUACCAUUUGGUUUCGGUAUCCGUAGCUGUAUUGGACGUAGGAUUGCCGAACUAGAGAUUGAAACUCUAAUAAAGAAGUUGUUUGAUGAGUUUGAAGUAACUUGGGAAGGACCACCAAUAAAAGUUGUGACAAAAGUCGGUAAUACAUUUGUUGAGCCUUAUAACUUUAGAUUUAAGAACAUUAAAUAAUUGUCAAUUUUACUAUUAUACAUUCUACCAUAGAUAAUACAGAUAAUAUCCGAAUUACCUACAUAAUAAUCAGUUUA